AUGGCUGACUCGAGAGUUCACAUCAUUUCUUCCUACGAUGUAGAUCUGAAUGACCUGAUGAAGAACCUAUGGCUGUGGGAGGUGAAAUUCGAGAUUUUCUUUGUUGAGGAGGAAGCGGAGUGGUUGGAUGUCUUCUCAUGGAAGAAGGACCAGAGCUUAUUCCACCUCCUUCCCCUCAUCUUCCAAGCAGAUUUUGUCUGGUGGAAAGUGAAGAACUACAACAUGCUUGCGCACAGCUUUCACUUGAAUCAGGAGCGCGUGAGAGUUGGAAUGAAAGAUUGCAUGUCGGAGAAAGUCAACGUUGGACGUGAUAGUGGGGCGGAGGACCCAGGAGUGAAUCUUGAAAAUGUACUCGACGACGUUUUGAAUCCUUUUCGGCGGCUAAAAGUUGGGAUCCCGAUAUUCUACAGUGAGUACCAGUCGGAGGUGGCCAGGAUGUCCGACGACGAGUGGCUAAGGGACCUCUGCGGCUACAAGAGCUGCGUGGAGUACAUCAACGAGGCCGUGCAGUGGGUGCUGGGCUGGGCACCCGCUUCCUCAUCGCCAUCCUCGCGCGCCCAGCUCAACCGCAUGGCGGACCGGCGCGUCAUGUCGUUCUACCACACCCCCUACGGGAUGGACUACCACAUGCAGUCGCACCGGUACCCGCUCAUCACGGAGGUGCAGGACCCGCACGAGGACAUCAAGAAGCUGGUCUGA